CACACUUUGUAGCUUGCAUUUAUCGACCACCCCUGGAGGCGCCAUGAAGAGACAGGUGCGGGUGGAGUUCGUGGUGCUGCUGCUGCUGCUUGUACAGAGCGUGCUUCUCCAUGUACUGCCCGACCACGCGGUUCAAGGCAUCGUUGCCGCAGUCGUCCUGUUGGUCUUUGCCGCACACACGUGGCGGGUGGAACUAACUCCUGGGUACAUCUUGUUCAUCCUAAACACCGCCAGUGGCUUGUCACAGUCUGCGGCGCCAUUGUGGCUUGCUUGGGUCCAAGGGGUGUUGUUCGUUCUUGCGAUUGCCGCCACCUUUCUCUUCCCGUUGCCGUUGUUUCCACGUCCGUCGUACCUGCAUCCACUGGUAGGCUGCACCUCCAUGCGCCUCCGCGGCGUCGACUGUCGUAUCUUCUACCCCACCGACACCAAGGAUGGCGGGACGGCCCUUCCUUACCUGCAUCAUGGCAAACACCUAGCCAUCGGACUGCAUACGUUCAUCAACCUCCCGACAUGGUUCUUCGCGUCCUUGUCCAACGGCACCUUAUGGGCGCGGGUCGGCGUCCCGGUUGCAAAAUCCUCCGGAGGGUGGCCAGUGCUGGUCUUCUCCCAUGGUAUGGGAGGCAGCUUGGAAAUGUACUCAAGUAUCACGCAAUACGUCGCCAGCGAAGGUUUUGUGGUCGUCGCCGUCAAUCACGACGACGGGUCGGCCUCUGUGUCGAGGAAUGCCGACGGUUCCACGUACAUGUACUACCAGCGCCCCCCGCAGUCAGCACUGGAUGACUGGGCGGGCGAAGGCUAUUUUGUCCGAAACAACCAAGUGCACACUCGCGUGCACCACAUUCAAACGGUGUUGGACGCCCUAGCCGACUUGCAAAACGACGACGUCGACGGCCUGCUCUACCACCAACUCGACCUGGAUCGCAUAGUCGCCGCCGGACAUUCCUUUGGAGGCGCCACGGCUCUCUCAGCGGCCAAGCGCGACGCCCGGAUCAAAGCCGUGGUGGGCCUCGACAUGUGGAUGGAACCCCUGGACGCGGACGUCGUAGCCGAUGGGGUGCCGGCGGUGCCGGUGUGCAGCAUCAUCUCCCAACACUGGUUGAGUGAAUGGGACUCUCAUUUCGAGCUACUCAAGACCAUGGCACGUCGAUGUCGACAUCCGUCGUCUGCGUUCUUUGCUUUGGCUCAAACCAGGCACAACAACUUUUGCGACUUGCCCCUCUUUUCUCCGGUACUCUUUAGCGAUUGUGUGCGACGUGGUUUACUUCUUUAUUUGUUUAUUGGGGACGGAUGGGGGAUGUUGGUUGUAGUUUCUAAACCAGCAUUUCAAAGCGGCGGGAGCGAUCCGCCCUACGUAUUUGCUGCAAAUGGUGGGCCAACUCAUGGGAGCGUAUCUCCGGACCCACUUGGGGAACGCCCUUGAUCAAGAAUUUGCACAUGUACGCAGUCGGUACCCUGAGAUUCUGCCACUGGACGACGAAGCUGCGACGACGACGUCGUACCAUACCUUUGAUUAAGCAUGUACAAUGACUGUGAUACACAAACAGCAACGUGCCAACACCACGAUUGCCAGUUUGUGGUCGUUGUUGAUAUAUCACACAAGUCGUGACCUUGCUGGUAGUGUCGAGUUGAUGUUAUACUAACGUUAAUAGAUUUUAGUUCACA